CAGGCAGCAUCCAACAACCGAUCUUCACGAAGUGGUCUGCUGGAAAUUUAUGGUUGACAGAAAUCAAAUAUGCACCUGCUCCCAUUGACGUCUGUCGGGAGAAUUCGGCGCUCUCUCCUCUACCCGCGGUGUUCACUUUCAAUGCAGCCAAGAAGAUUCUUAAUGUCGUGCUAGUGAGAACUUGGAGGCGGGUGCGGCUGCAGUGAAAAGACAAGGGAGGACAUGUUUUUGUGGACCGACUGAAGUGUCAAGCAGACAAAUUGGAGUGAUGCGUCAUCGGUCGCAGUGUGGAGAAUGAGCCGAAGCAGCGAUUGCUUUCACUCCCCUUGCUUCUGUCCUGUCGCCUUGCCCUGUCAUUUCUUAUUUCAGAACUAAUGUGAGCUUCCGUUAUGGGUUGUGUGUCCAGUAAAAGAAAUAUUAACAGUUUACAUCCAAAUAUAUAUGAGGUUGUUAAUGUUGACGAUGAUGGGAAUAAGAUAAGUGAUGGUCUGUUAGAAGUGACCGACACUGAAUUAAUCCAUCGUCAAAAAAAUAAGCCUGCAAUUGUGUGGCCACUAAAAAGUUUGCGUCGGUAUGGAGCAGACUCACAACUUUUCAGCUUUGAAUCAGGUCGAAGAGCGCCCACAGGGGAAGGCAUUUAUGCAUUUCGUUGUCAGAGAGCAGAAGAACUAUUCAACCACCUUCAAGCACAUUUUACUGCAGAGGAAAAUGCCACCUCCAAUGUCUUGGCACGCACACCUGAUUCAACUGAACCAAGUGGGUACCUGGAACCAACACAUCCAAGGAAUGUGGUGAUUCGCCAGAGGCAGUGGAAUUCGAAUGGCCGCAUGGAUAGCAUCAAUAGCUGUGGCCCAGUGAGUCCUCCACCUGUCUCCCCAUCCCCAACAAGCUCUGUUCCGGUGCCUAGCACACCAGCCACUCCCGGAAGUGAGAUUGUACCCUCGCCUGGAGAUGCUAUCUCUCUUGUCCCUGAAGAGCCUGAAGAGCCUGAUAGAACUUUGUGUGAUGACAGCAACAAUAAUCAACAUCAUCCCUACCUCAACUAUGAAAUAAUUGAAGUUGUGCAGCUAAACAAAUAUGAAGCCGCUUCUGAGCCUGCACCUCCUUCCUAUCCUGUAGCACCUUCCUAUAUGAAUGUAGAAAUUGCCAAUAGUGGUGACGUUUCUUCCUCCUUCGGCAGUGAAGCUUUGCCUAACUCUGCAUGUAAUGGAGAUGGUUAUGACAGCACCGGAGAAGUACUCAGAGAUCAUUUGUACAUGAACGUAGUUCCUGGUUAUGAAAAUGUAGCGUCGGUACCUGCAGAAAAUCGUGUCCCACCGGAAGGUGUUUCCAUCAUCGCCAAGCCUGUCUCUGGUGUUGCGCUGCCAUACCUUCCAUCCUCCCAAAGCUUGACUUGUGGGCCUCUCUUGCGUGGAAAGGCCAUAGCAAAGCUGCUUAUUGGGCAAGACAGUGAGGACGAUGGCUACCCCUCUUAUAGUAACUUAAGCCCUUCGGAGAGAGAAGGCCUUGGUCUAUACCCUUUUAAAAAUACAGCCACUGUCAAUUAUGCUGUGCUGGACUUGAAUCAGCCACCUUCUUCUCCUGCAAUUAGUCUGACCCCUACCGGGACACAUCCUGACUCUCCCCAUGGAAUCUCUUCAAGAGGGUAUGCCACAAUAGAUUUUAAUAAAACGGAGGCUCUGUCACAUUCUGUGAAUCCAAACCUAAUGGAUGUUGACCAUGAAGGGUGCCGCAAGACAAGGCAUAAUUCGACAAUUAGUGACCUUCCAACACCUAUUGACUAAUACAAACCUUGACAAUUUUGAGUAAUGUUUUCUAUUUUGAAAUUAGUUAUAAAUAAGUCCAAAUCAGUAUUGUUAGUAAUGUUUUAGAAGGACUCAUCUUAAAUGAGCUGUAAGGCUAAGGCAAACCAAAUAAGACCUGGUUUUCCUUUUGGUAAUAGUACAAAGGAUAUCUGAAAUAUAAGAAAAGCCACCAGGUCACCAUCAUAGUUCAUGGUUAUUUACAGCUAUUUGUGCAUGAGUACUGAGCGUGAAAAUGAAAGUCAAAUGGAUUGGACUGGUCUGUGCCUCUUACUUCUCUAUUCAUCUCCUCUAACAUAUAAGGAGACUACUCACUAUGAAUCUCUCCAUUGUAUUUAUCUUAUGUUUUAUUCUCCUGGAGACAACAUCUGUUCAGAAUAUCUUAGUCGUUGUUACAAUUCUUAUAGAGUAGGUUUUCAGUAUUAUUUGUGUGAAUGUUAUUUGCAUGGUGCUCAAAAUUUUUUUAGAAUACCUGUAUUUGAUUGGUCUUUUAAAAUAAGCACAUUUUUAUACGAAAAGAAUUUAAACAAAUUUCAUUUUGCUUUUUUGUUUUUUUUUUUCUGAAGAAAAUUUAAUGCUAAGCUGUUGUAAAUAUUCAGUAAUAGCAAAUGCUCAUAUGUUGGUUCAUUUUUCUUCUAAUACUGUAUGCUCAAAUGUCUAUUACCGAACCGUUUUGAGGACUUCCAUUUUGAGUGUUUGUAUUUUGCAUUAUUUUGUUACAUUUGUUCCCUUGCAUCAUAAUGUAACGUCUAUAAUCCGCCAACUCUCGUACUGGACAUCAAAUCACUGUUUUUGCUGUGAGUUUGAUUGAAGCUCUGUUAUUGACUUGUCUCAAGGAGGACUAAUUUUUGUUGAUUUAGCUUGAAUUCAAGUAAAUUGUUACUUUGAAUGGUUUGCCUGACUGACUGACAUUGUUGUAUGUAUAGAAGCCUGAUGCUUUGGAAAGGUACAUUUGUCUACAAGGUCCUUUUAAUGUUACCUCUCUCAAGUUUUUGUUGUAUUGUUGAUAUCCCCCUCCAAUAUUUUAUAUUUUGCAUUCUUUUGUAAGUACCUGUACUGCAGAGGAAACUUCCUAAUAUUAAACGAAUCUUAAUUGUUCUGCAUGCUCCUCAUUCUCUUAUGUUUUUUUUUCUUCAUUUUUUUAUUUUCUUUGUCUUAUUAUGCUGUGCAUCACUUAAAACUUGCCCAGUCCAUUGUUUGAUUUUUCUGCUGUUUUACAUUUGUAAAAUUGAUUUAAAGGUUACUUUGAGCAUAGUAUAAGUUGUUGUAACAGUUGAAGAGAGUCAUUAAUGGGACCAAUUAAUGAAAAACAGUGUUUUCUGAUCUAUGUUUGCCAGUAAACAUUCCAUUUUCUUGGCUUGAUAUCUCUGAAAUGUUACCUUGUUCUGGCAUUCAAAUUAAACCUCUAAAAAAUUGUGAUGAGGCAUGAAUUUGCCAUUGUCAGCUAAUUUGAUUCAUUUUCACCACAGAUGAAAUAUAUGAAGAAAGGGUCUUGCUCACUUUUCUAUUUAUGUUUUUAUGUUAAAGGCACUCCAUACAUUCAGAGUGCCAAAUGGUUUAUGGAACAUUAUGUAUCAAACAUGAAAUGCCUUAGUGAACAUUUCUGUUUAUAUGUAUUUCUUUUAAUGACACAUUAUAAAAUUGAAAGACCAUAUUUGAACUAUUGGUAUUAUUGCGUUUUGUCAAAAUAUUUUUAAGAGUUUGACAAUACUUGCUUGUAGAUGUAAUUUGAUUGUUGCUUACAAUGAGAGAGAUUUAUCCAUUGAUUUUAUAUUGUUUAAGACGCACUGGCAUGUAUACCAUUAUGAUGAAUUUCAAUGUGACUCAUUAAUUCAUGUCUGUGUCUCAUUGCAGCUUGUUAGUUUAUUUACAAACAUGUGUGAUAUUUGUGCAUAUUUUAAGUUUCUUAUCAGACAUUGAGAUAGGUGCAGAUGGAAUGCUCUCUGAGGACUCUGCUUGGGAGUUUGCUUUAAACUUGUAUAUUAUUUUCAGGUUGCACGUCUGUGGAAUAUUUUCAAAUUUGUUGUUUUUAUUCCUCCUUGAGUUUUGUUUAUUGAUCUCAAGGAUUUAUGUUUUAUUUUACGCAUUUAGUGACUGUGAGUAAAUGCAAUGCAGCUUGAAGCAUAGACACAAGUCUUGAGACACUAAAGUAGAGUUUUUGAUACCAAUAAAUGCAGAUUAUCAGAAUCUCCAGCAAUAUAGAUUUGCUCAUUAAUUCGAUAGACCGGCCGCAUUUCUUUCACUCAGUUCAUAUGGUACUGACAAAAGAACUUCCUUAAACUAAAAUUUUAGGAAACUGUAGCAAAUUUUAGAUGAAGAAGGCAGUUUUUUAUUCUUUACCUGCAACCUUGGGGCCUCUACCCAUAUUUUUUCUAAGUGCAUUAUUGGAACAAGGCUCUCUCUAUUUUUGUCAUAUCAUAGGAUGCAGUCUGCAUGUUCGUAGCUAUUCUAAUGAUGUAAAAAGAGUGUACAUUUCAGUGCAAGGCAUAAUUGUCACAUUUACUAAGCAAGUCUGUGUAAUUUUUCACCUAUCUCAUGAUAGUCAAUGUCUUAGAAUGUCAAUGUGAAAGACAAUUUUUAAUGUUAUAAACAGAUGAACACCCACCGUUCAAAGUAGAGAAACUAGCUUGUAAGUGCAUCUGUAGUUUUAAUCGUCCCUUUGUUUAGAUGGGUUGUACAUAUAACAGUGUAUGUGGAAGACUUUUAUUUUUAGUUCUGACCCUGAUUUGAUGCUCAUCUUACCGGACAUUUUUUAAAGGUUCGAGAGUUUAAAACUUUUAGUUGCCAAUUUCUUGCUGGAAUUGAGAAAUUGUUAAAUUUUCCUAAUUACUUCUCCCAUUGACUUAAAGACUAGAUAUUUUUGUAUUCAGUAGGUUGCUCAUUUUUUGGCAUCUGAAAUGCGACUAGAGCAUCACAAUAUGGGCCAUGUUCAUGCCAAAGCAAUUCCGUGCCACCUUGCUUGCUUCAUGCCAAAGAAAUGCUGAGGUGUUAGUUAAAUUGGGAUGGAAAAGUAGGGCUCUGACACGUUUUGGGAACUCUGUUUUGGUCUCAAGCUGUCAAGAUCACAGUAGAUCGGUAUAUGUCAAUCCUUCCUCCAUGUUUGUACUCUGACUAAGACAUGUUGUCUGGAAUCUAAUGCAAUUUUAAAUUUAAUUUUGUAAUAUUCAGGCAAUUGGGAGAAAAUAGGAUUUUAAAAUCCAACCCACUUUCUAUUCCUUACUUUAGUUUCCUCCUUUUUGUUUUUUAAAAUUGAAAUGAGAGGGUUACUGUGAUUGUAUACAUAUAACAAUGAAAUAAAGUAAAGUUUGAAAGUGUUGGUAUUAA